GCUCCAGAAGAAGACAAAAUAUUCUCAUUAUCUCGCGUGGACCAUCAGAACACCAUCGCCACCUUCAACACGUCACGCAGGACGCAUCCCUUUCCUCCCCUUCAUCCUCCUCCAGCCUCGUCUUCUUCCCUCUUUGUGUGUCGGAAUGGUCUAAUAAUCGAUCGAGAUGAUUUCCGUCGUGUCGACAGUGGAGAACCUUCCCCGAGACGCGGAGAGUCCUUCAGCCAACAUGUUUACACGCUUCAAGAACAUGUUCAGCAGAGACCUGCUUGUGACGUUGGCCUUAGGUCAGGUACUGUCCUUGUUGAUCUGUGCCAUUGGCCUGACCAACAAGUACCUGGUUGAUGAUUUCCACGCCAACACGCCGGUGUUCCAGAGCUUUCUCAACUACAUCCUACUAUUUCUGGUCUACACCACCACACUGGCAGUCAGGCAAGGGGAAGGCAACUUGUUGGCAAUCUUGAAGCAGCGCUGGUGGAAGUACAUGAUUCUAGGGUUUAUUGACAUCGAGGCCAACUACCUGAUACUAAAAGCUUACCAAUACACCACACUGUCCAGUGUACAGCUGUUAGACUGCUUUGUCAUCCCCGUGGUCUUGCUGCUUUCCUGGUUUUUUCUGCUGGUGAGGUACAAGGCGGUCCACAUUUUGGGCACGUUACUGUGUCUGCUGGGCAUUGGCUGCAUGGUGGGGGCUGACGUCCUUCUAGGCCGCCAGCAGGGCCUCGGUGAGCAAAAGUUGUUUGGUGAUCUUUUAGUUUUGGGGGGAGCAACACUUUUCGGGAUCUCGAACAUCUGUGAGGAGUUCAUAGUGAAGAAUAUGAGUCGCGUGGAGUUCCUGGGAAUGAUGGGUCUAUUUGGAUCAUUCUUCUGCGGCAUCCAGCUGGCCAUCAUGGAGCACAAGGAGCUACUGAAGGUACGGUGGGACUGGCAAUUAGGUCUUCUCUACGUGGGCUUCAGUGUCUUCAUGUUCAGCCUGUACAGUUUAAUGCCGCUAGUGAUGAAGAGGACCAGUGCCACCUCAGUCAACCUCUCUCUCCUCACGGCUGACCUGUACAGUCUCUUCUGUGGGCUCUUCCUCUUUCAUUACAAGUUCUCUUGCCUCUACUUGUUAUCGUUCUUCAUCAUCAUCUUGGGCCUUGUGGUUUAUUCGUCCGCAUCUCCCUACAUGGUCCAGGACCCUCGUGUCUACAAGCAAUUCAGGAACACAUUCAACCAGUCGGCCAGAGACCCACCCCAGCCUAGUCAUAGAGUCAUGGAACCCUCCGUGACCUACACCAGCCUGGGCCUGGAGUCAGGAGAGGAGUCAAGUUUACGUGUCAUUUAAAAUGGCAAUGCUUUUAUUUUAUUAUUUUUUUUACUGUGAGAGCCUAGUGCUGUUUUCAUCCAAAGUUUUGCAUAAAGAUCCGCCCCUGUGAUCAUUGACUAUAUGGGGGAUCCAGGUAUUGAGUGGCCUAAGAUUUAGCUCUGUGUCCAAGUUAUCAAGACAAUGUUCCUACUGUAAGAAUUAAGUGAGUCCGUGUUAUAAACCAGGACUAGCCACUACCCUAGUGAUUGUAAAUGAAUAAAAAAUUGUAUACUGUGGAGAAAACAAGUAUUUUUAUACCAUGUUUUUCUAAGUUUACCCCUUACAAAAGUAUUAAGCAGUCCACUAUUUUUUAUUCUAGCUUUAUUAUAACUAAGUGAGACAUAAGGUCAAAUAAAUCCAGAAGAAAUGCAUUGAAUCAAAUUUAUAGCUUAAUGUGUAUUUGUUUGUGUCAAAUAAGUACAAAACCCGAAACCAGUGAAGUUGGUAAAUAACAGAUUACAAUGAUUUGCAAAUUAUUUUAAAUUUAUAUUCAAUUGAAUAGAGUGCAAAGACAAGAUAUUUAAUGUUCGAACUGAGAAACAUUUUUUGUGUGCAAAUCAUUAACUUUACAACAAAUUUUUACCACUGUGUUCCAUGGCCUUUCCUUUUAACAACACUCAGUAAACGUUUGGGAACUAAGGAGACCAAUUUUUGAAGCUUUUCAGGUGUAAUUCUUUCCCAUUCUUGCUUGAUGUACAGCUUAAGUUGUUCAACAGUCCGGGGUCUUCGUUGUCGUAUUUUAGGCUUCAUAAUGCGCCACACAUUUUCAAUGGGAGACAGGUCUGGGUUACAGGCAGGCCAGUCUUGUACCCGCACUCUUUUAUUACAAAGCCACGCUGUUGUAAUAUGUGCAGAAUGUGGCUUGGCAUUGUCUUGCAUGAAAAAGACGUUGCUUGGAUGGCAACAUAUGUUGCUCCAAAACCUGUAUAUACCUUUCAGCAUUAAUGGUACCUUCACAGAUGUGUAAGUUACCCAUGCCUUGGGCACUAAUACACCCCCAUACCAUCACAGAUGCUGGCUUUUGAACUUUGCGCCUAUAACAGUCUGGAUGGUUCUUUUCCUCUUUGUUCCGGAGGACACAACUUCCACAGUUUCCAAAAACAAUUUGAAAUGUGCACUCGUCAGACCACAGAACACUUUUCCACUUUGCAUCAGUCCAUCUUAGAUGAGCUCGGGCUCAGCGAAGCCGGCGGCGUUUCUGGGUGUUGUUGAUAAAUGGCUUUCGCUUUGCAUAGUAGAGUUUUAACUUGCACUUACAGAUGUAGCCACAAACUGUAGUUACUGACAGUGGUUUUCUGAAGUGUUCUUGAGCUCAUGUGGCGAUAUCCUUUACACACUGAUGUCGCAGUACUGCUUGAGGGAUCCAAGGUCACGGGAAUUGCGCUUACGUCCAGUGAUUUCUCCAGAUUCUCUGAACUUUUUGCUGAUCUUAUGGACCGUAGAUGGUGAAAUCCCUAUAUUCCUUGCAAUAGCUCGUUGAGAAUUGUUGUUCUUAAAUUGUUGGAUAAUUUGCUCAUGCAUUUGUUCACAAAGUGGUGACCCUCGCCCCAUCCUUGUUUGUGAAUGACUGAGCAUUUCAUGUAAGCUGCUUUUGUCCCCAAUCAUGGCACCCACCUGUUCCCAAUUAGCCUGUUCACACGUGGGAUGUUCCAAAUAAGUGUUUGAUGAGCAUUCCUCAACUUUCUCUGUCUUUUUUGCCACUUGUGCCAGCUUUUUUUAAACAUGUUGCAGGCAUCAAAUUCCUAAUGAGCUAAUAUUUGCAAAAAAUAACAAAGUUUACCAGUUCGAACGUUAAAUAUCUUGUCUUUGCAGUCUAUCCAUCCAUCCAUUUCC